AUGCACAAUCGUUUACACCGGCCCUGCUCCCGUGAGCGACUACUUCAGGCCGAGGAGGACGGCUUCGUGGGGGUGGAGAAUGGUACCACGCGCAUGCUGGAGUGGGCCAAGCUGGCCUCAUUCAUGCAUGCGCCCGGCAUGCCAGUCUGGGCAGAGGAUGCGCGGGGUGGGCGGGCACCCCGCGCGGAGUCCGUGAGCCUGGUGUCGGACCGGGACCCUCUGUACCUGGACGACGCCAUCGUUCCCCAGGCCGACCAGGAGGAGCUACUGUCCAAGUACCAGUUCUUUCCCAUGGAUUCUUAUGUCUUCCAGGUCCCAAAGGACGAGGAGGGCCGACUGGACCUGGCAGGCACGGUCAUGCUGCACCGCGGCACGGGUGAGAAGGGCCCCCCCGAGGUGCUGGGCCGCCUACCCGAGGCCCCCACCCGCUUCCGGGACCUGCCCUGGGACUCGGAGUUCCUGGGCAACAAGCUGGAGAAGCAGGCGCCGCAAACCUGGGUCUGGGCCACCUACCUCGUCGGCUUUGCCGCGGGGGAUGCCCCCGGGCUGGAUCUGGGGUGCGUGUACCGCCUGGACGGCAUGCGCGGCCGCAUCGAGCAGUGCCGGGUGCAGCGCUUUGCCGCUCCGGACACCCCGCCCCGCCAGCUGCUCCUGCGCAUUCGCAGGGACGGGGCGGUGAUCCUGGACACCAAGGUCAGCGCGCCCACGCCCGUGGAGAUCGUGGAGGCUCACCUGGCGGGGCUGGUCAUGCCCAGCCGUCUGGAGGUGAUGCACGGCGGGGUGCCCGUGUCCGAGACCUGGUUCGACCCCAGCCUGGCGGCCGCCAUGGCUGAGAUGGAGGACACCGACCCGUCUCUGAAGGAUCACAUCGUCCCCGGGGAGAACCCCGAGUACGACGACGACAGCAUGCGUGACUUCAUGACGGAGUUUGAUGACGAGAUGGACGACGACGUGGACGACUUUGAUUCCCCGGCCAUCGACAUGUGA